CAGACGACAUGGAGAGAGAAUUAGAACAAAUCAUUAUAACCAAGUUCAAGAAGGUUUGUGUUUUCUGCGGCAGCAGCGCAGGAAAGAAGACAUCGUACAAAGACGCCGCCAUUGAACUCGGCAAACAACUGGUUUCGAGGAACAUUGAUCUUGUCUAUGGAGGAGGCAGCAUUGGGUUAAUGGGUUUGGUUUCUCAAGCUGUUUAUGAUGGUGGUCGUCAUGUUCUUGGGUUAGUUAUCAUAAAUUCAAGAUUAAUUUUUAUUUUCAUCAUUAAUUUUUAUUUUUAUUUUUUUAAUUUUUUUUGUAGGGUUAUUCCAAAGACACUUAUGCCUAGAGAGAUAACAGGGGAGCCAGUUGGGGAGGUGAAAGCAGUAGCAGAUAUGCAUCAAAGGAAAGCUGAGAUGGCUAAACAUUCUGAUGCCUUUAUUGCUUUGCCAGGUGGAUAUGGGACACUUGAAGAACUACUUGAAGUAAUAGCUUGGGCUCAACUUGGCAUUCAUGAUAAACCUGUUGGACUACUAAAUGUGGACGGUUACUACAACUCUCUAUUGUCGUUCAUCGACAAGGCCGUGGAGGAAGGAUUCAUCUGCCCGAGCGCUCGACAUAUCAUCGUGUCGGCUCCAACCGCCAGGGAAUUGUUCAACAAACUAGAGGAAUAUAUUCCGAGGCACGAGCGUGUUGCGUCGAAGAGGAACUGGGAGAUUGAGGAACUUGAUAUGAUCAGUUAGAACUAACUAAAGUGUGGUUAAUUAUUAUUAUUUGUUUAAUUAGGAGUAUGGAAGAAAGAACAAAAAAGAACGCCCAAUUUGUAGUUUCGUCGUCUUGUUUUUGUGUUUAUAUGAUGAGGCUGUGCGAACAAAUCGGGCAUU